AAAUAUAGGAAUAAUUUGAACGAGCGGUACAUACAUAUAGAGAUAUAGAUAGAUAUAGAAAGAGAAAGACGGAAGGACGGACGAAUCAAGAUCAAGCAUGGAGAAGGCGAGCAAAAACAAGCGGAUCGCCCGCGACGAAAAGCAGCGGGACUCAAAACUAGAGGAUGUGGUGCUAAAAUCCUUGGACGAGUGCAGCACAAAUGAGGACAAACUGAAGUUACUGCUGCAGCGGCACAUGGAAAGCGAGAAGAUGGUGAGCAAACUGAACAGCGAGAUGCGAGCGCUUCAGCGCCAGAUGAAGGCGCAGCAGCGGGAGAAGGAGCAGGUGCAGCGCGAGCUGAACAAGAGUGUCCUGAUGCGGGACAAGCUGCAGGAGGUGUGCCGCGAGCAGCAGCGCAUCCUCAAGUCGGUGAAGAACGAGAGCAUGCUGCAGAUCAAGGUGGAGGAGGAGCGACGCAAGGAGAGCCAGAUCAAGUUUCAGAGCUCGCUGAACGAGGUGCAAAAGUCGCUGACCAAAAACAAUGAAGAGAACAUCAAACUGCGCGAUUACAACAUCGAAAUGACCAAAAAGUUAAAACUGCUGGCGGAGCAAUAUCAGGCGCGUGAGAAGCAUUUGGAGAAGCUGAACGAGCAGGUUCAACUGGAGUCCCAGCUGCAUCAGGCCAAGCUCAACAAGGCACAGGUGGAGGCGGCCAUGGAGAAGGAGAUACUCACCAAAGAAAAUCAAAUUGGACUCGAGAAACUGUUGCAGGCGCAACGUGCCAUCAAGGAGCUAACGGAGCGGGAACAGCAGAUGAAGGAACAGUUGAACAUUUAUACGGCUAAAUACGAUGAUUUUCAGCAAUCGCUGCACAAAUCCAACGAAGUCUUUAGCAGCUACAAGCUGGAGCUGGAGAAAAUGUCAAAGCACACGAAGAAAAUCGAAAAGGAAGCGCUCGGCUGGCGUCAAAAGCAUGACAAGGCCAAUGCCAUGGUGAUUGAACUGGCCACCGAGAAGCAGCAGCGGGAUCAGCAAUCGGAACGUCUCCUCAAACAGGUGGAGCAGCUGCAAAAGCUGCUGCGGGCCCUGCAACAAGAGAGGACAACUUUACAUCAGACGCUGCGAGAUCAGAAUAUUGAGAUACCCGCCAUGCCGCAACUGCCCCCAGAGCCAGAGCCCAUUAAAGUGGCACCACUGGCGGACAAUGCCAAAAUGGAGCUGAUGACACGUAAUUGUGCGGAGCUGAAACAAACGUUGGCCAAUCUGCAGAACCAAAUGAAACUGCUGACGACAAAUGACGCGAAGAUUGUCGCCGCCGAGGCAGAGAAAUGCAAAGCUGCCGAGGAGCAGCAGCGGGCAAACAAUGCCAAGAAGAACGCCAACAAAAAGAAGGCCAAAUCAAAGGCGAAGGCGGCAGCUGCUGCAGCUGCAGCAGCGGCGGCGGUAGCAUCGGCAUCGGAGAUGGAAACGGACACCGCCUCAUCGGAACAGACCUCAACAUUGGAGCCAGAAGCGGAGGCAACAGCAACGGAAGCUUCUGGCGAGGAAAAACCUGUCCAAAAUGUGCCAGAAUCUCCGCAAAAGGUGGACGAUGCUGCUACAAAGUCUGCAGCCAUUGAGCAACCGGAAGUGCCUUCAUUGACUGAUUGAUUCCACGGCGGAAUAGAAUGGCAUGCGAUGCAUCCGUAAACUAACCCACAAGCAACUCCUCCUUCGACUGUUAUUGUAUCAAGCUUUCCUCCUUUCUACAUGAAUACAUAAAUACAUUAACACGUACAUACAUAAAUACAUAUGUGCAUUUGUCAUAUUCGUAAUUUUGUAAAAUGUAGCAUUCAAAACAACAAAUGUAAAACCAUCCGCAUCUAAACAAUUAUUUAUUGUAUUUUAUAUAUACAUAUAUAUACAUUUCUAUAUAUAUAUAAAUGUAUAUAUAUAUAUAUAUAUAUAUA